AUGACCCGGUUCAGACCGUGCAUAGACCUCCACGCCGGUCAGGUCAAGCAGAUCGUCGGCGGAACGCUGGACAGCUCGUCGUCGGCCCUGCACACCAAUCACGUGUCGCAGUACCCGGCCUCGCACUUUGCGCAAUUGUACAGAGACAAUGCCCUCGAGGGCUCUCACGUCAUCAUGCUGGGACCCGCCAACACCGAGCCUGCGAAAGAGGCUCUUCGGACUUGGCCUGGGCACCUGCAAAUCGGCGGUGGCAUCAACGACGGAAACGCGAGGGAGUGGCUGGAUGCAGGAGCAUCAAAGGUUAUCGUUACGUCGUUUCUCUUCCCACAUGGCCACUUCAGCCAGUCGAGGUUGGAUAGCGUCCUCGAAGCCCUCGCCGGGGACAAGGACAAGCUGGUCAUUGAUCUGAGCUGUCGUCGUCGUGGGGAGGAUGCAUGGUUUGUGGCCAUGGAUAAAUGGCAAACAAUCACGGAUAUGGAAAUCACUCGAGAAUCCGUCAGGUCACUCGAGCCGUACUGCUCCGAAUUCCUAGUCCACGCAGCCGACAAUGAGGGCCUCCAAAAGGGAAUCGACGAGAAGCUGGUGGAGCGCUUGGCGGAAUGGUGCUCUAUCCCCGUGACGUACGCUGGCGGAGGGAGGCAUCUGGAAGACUUGGAGCUCGUGAAGCGGCUCAGCGGCGGCAAGGUAGAUCUGACGCUUGGGAGUGCGUUGGACUGUUUUGGGGGCAGCGGUGUCAGGUUUGACGACUGCGUAGCCUGGAACAGAAUGCAGGGCUAA